AGGCCUCAGCCCACCCACCCGGGGCUCCUGCGCGGAGCAGCCUCCUGCCCUCGAGCCCUGCAGGGGGCUCCAGGAGGCCGCUUUGGGCCGGGCCCCAGCAGAAACGAGGUCUCCGCUGUGGGAGCCUCGACUCUUCUUCCUGGCCGGUGGCGGGGCGCAGCGCCUCCCUUUCACCCCGUCUUUGUGCGGGGUGCCGGCGGCCAUUGUGUCCGGGCGCGGAAUGGAGGACCUGGCGGUCCCCCAACGCCAUGUCCAGGGCCUUUGGGGAAUUCAAAGACAACCGGCGCUGUCUGUGGGGGGUCUCCGGAAUACAGCCUCUCGGAAAGGCCCGGGGGUGUGCUCUCCGAAAUCAGCUCGCAGAUCCGAGGCCGUGCCCCCCUCCCAGCGUCCCUGCGCGGAACCUUGAGAUUCACUGAGAAGUCCCUUCAGGGGACUCAUCCAGGGCUGAACCUUAUUCUGGCUUUGGAUCCUGGAAGAGAGUCGCUAAACACAGAGCAGACCCAGUGAGUGAGCAGGUGUUUUGGACAAUGGACUGGUUGAGCCCAUCUCUACUAUAAAAAUGUCUCAGAGCAACCGGGAGCUGGUGGUUGACUUUCUCUCCUACAAGCUUUCCCAGAAAGGAUACAGCUGGAGUCAGUUUAAUGAUGUCGAAGAGAACAGGACUGAGGCUCCAGAAGGAACUGAUUCAGAGAGGGAGACCCCCAGUGCCGUCAAUGGCAACCCAUCCUGGCACCUGGCGGACAGCCCCGCGGUAAAUGGAGCCACUGGCCACAGCAGCAGUUUGGAUGCUCGGGAGGUGAUCCCCAUGGCAGCCGUGAAGCAAGCGCUGAGAGAGGCUGGCGAUGAGUUUGAACUGCGGUAUCGGCGGGCAUUCAGUGAUCUAACAUCCCAGCUUCAUAUAACCCCAGGGACAGCAUAUCAAAGCUUUGAACAGGUUGUGAAUGAACUCUUCCGGGAUGGGGUAAACUGGGGUCGCAUUGUGGCCUUUUUCUCCUUCGGUGGAGCCCUGUGUGUGGAAAGCGUAGACAAGGAGAUGCAGGUAUUGGUGAGUCGGAUCGCAAGUUGGAUGGCCACCUACCUGAAUGACCACCUAGAGCCUUGGAUCCAGGACAACGGAGGCUGGGACACUUUUGUGGAACUCUACGGGAACAACGCAGCAGCUGAGAGCCGGAAAGGCCAGGAGCGCUUCAACCGCUGGUUCCUGACGGGCAUGACCGUGGCCGGUGUGGUUCUGCUGGGCUCGCUCUUCAGUCGGAAGUGACCAGACACUGACCACCCACUCACCUCUCGCCUCCCACCCUGUCCCCAUCACAAGUCUCUCUUCGGCCACCAUUGCUACCAGGAGAACCACUACAUGCAACUCACGCCCUCCCCCAUCACAGGGUUGGGCCUAGACAAAGUCCCUUUGCAGUUAGCUUUCUAGAACCUACCACGCUUCUGUGAGAGCCACCUUCCCCCCACAUCUUAAUUCACUUGGCCUCAAAAUUCACAAGAUUCUCCCCCAAAUCAGCCCCUUGGAGGCUGGCAGGAGUGGGAAGAGAUGUGCUAGAGAGGAGAGGGGCCUGCCUGGCUGGUGGAAUCUUUAUUACCCCUGAGCCUCCUGGGAAUGCCUUUCUGGCAGGGAACUGGAAAGCUUUCUAACCCUUUUCCCCAGAAAGAGACUAGAUUGCCUUGGUUUU